UCCAUUCAUAGCACACAUACACAUCAUAUAUAUCACACACACACUCGAGCCAGCAUAUAUCAUAUAUGUACACUGGGUGUACUUGGAGAUCGACCCGAUCUAGCUAGGUAGCUAUAUAAAACCCAUAACUACGUCUAUCUAUCUCCACACACGUGUGCGUGAGCAGAGGCCGGGCAAUGAGGAAGCCCAUAGACUGCCCAACGAUGAAGUGCGGCGGCGGCGUGGUGGCGCCGGGAAACAGCAAUGUGGGCGCUGCAGCAGCCGCGAAGCUGCGGAAGGGGCUGUGGUCGCCGGAGGAGGACGAAAGGCUGGUGGCGUACAUGCUGCGGAGCGGGCAGGGAUCGUGGAGCGACGUGGCGCGCAACGCCGGGCUGCACCGGUGCGGCAAAAGCUGCCGCCUCCGGUGGAUCAACUACCUCCGGCCGGACCUCAAGCGGGGCGCCUUCUCGCCACAAGAAGAGGACCUCAUCGUCAACCUCCACGCUAUCCUCGGCAACAGGUGGUCUCAGAUUGCUGCCAGGCUGCCGGGGCGCACCGACAACGAGAUCAAAAACUUCUGGAACUCCACCAUCAAGAAGCGGCUCAAGAUGAGCUCCGCGGCUUCGUCUCCGGCGACAACGGAAUGCGCGUCACCGCCGGAUCCCAAGCACGACGGUGGCAGUGCCAGCUGCCUCGACCUCACCAGCUUAGACGACGGCGGCCACCACGCAAUGAAGAGCGUGUGGCGGAUGGACUCGUCCUCCUCUACCUCCUCGUCCUCGUCGAUGCAGCAGCAGAGCCGGCCGUCGACGAUAGCUGUGGCGGCGGCCAGGGUCUACGGCGGCCUCCUCCUCCCCCUCCCUGACCAAGUCGGUGGCGUCGCGCCAUCCACCGACACGUCGGCCCUGCCGUUCUUCCACGACCAUGCAUCCUUUAAGCAGGUUGACCCAUUUCAUGGUGGUAGCUACUACAACCAUGGGAUGGCAAUGGGAGGAGCAAGCGGCUGCUUCACGGCAGAAGAAGCAGCAGUCAGCGUAGGAAGCGAACAUGGUGUCCUCUUCAACGUGCCCCCUCUGCUAGAGCCCAUGGCGGUAGCAUUACAAGGUCAAACCCUAAUGGCAUCAAGCGGUAAGGACACCAACAUCAACCAUAAAAAGAUUAACAUGUCUGCUGAGGCUACCACACUGAGUAGCAACAAUGGCAGCAACAUCACCGACAGCAACAACAACAAGAACAAUGUCAAUAGUGUGGUCUCCUACUGGGAGCAGCAUGGUCACCAGCAGCACAUGAGCAGGAACGUAGUCAUGGGGGAGUGGGACUUGGAGGAGCUGAUGAAAGACGUGUCAUCUAUGCCUUUCCUUGAUUUCCAAGUUGAGUGAUGACUGGCUGGUGGGGCACACCUCCUAGCUGAGGAGUACAUGCAUAUACAGAUAUACACAUAUAAGUAUAUAUAUUCGUUAAAGGUAGUAUUUUUCCUUGACAUUAUUUCCCCCAUGUACAAGAUUUUUUCUUCACAGCCACACUCCUUCACUUUUGAUGCUACAUAUCUUGACAAAUUCGUUCUUGUAUACAGACAUACAAAUAAUUAAAGCAAAGGUACUUGAGUUAUAUUUUGUCAA